UUUUAGUAAACAAGCUAGCUCGAACUCGACUCGACUCAACUCGUUAAUAAACAAGCUGAGCUCGAGCUCGACUCGUUUAUUAACGAGCCGAGCUCAAGCUGGGGUAAAACUCAACUCGGCUCGGCUCAAUUGCAGCCCUACAUUAACGAGCCGAGCUCAAGCUGGGGUAAAACUCAACUCGGCUCGGCUCAAUUGCAGCCCUACGAUACCUGGUCUAUUAACAUUUCUUUUAUCCUGCUCAUCUGCUGCAUUGAAGAAAAACAGAGCCCUUUCAUUUCAUCUACAUGCAGUGGGCAACCACCACCGUCCACCGCCACCGUGAGGAGCAGGCCGGCGAAGUUGCCACACUGAAUAAUAAUGAUACCCCCCACGUGCCACCAGCCGUCCAGUUCAGUUUUGCCGGCCGGAGAAAAACACAACUCCCGAUGGCCUGCCCAUCUCCAUAAUCACGACCGUUAAAGUUGCCACCACAACGCGCGCCAUCCCUCUCCGAUCAAGAGAGCAAUUGAUAGACUUAGAGGUCGUUUGCAAGUGGAUAUUGUUAAAUAUAUGUAUUGUUGAGAAUGCAUGUAUAAUAUUAUAGAUGUAUUGUUGAAUUUGAUGCAUUGUAGAAUACAACGUUUGGUAUGUGUAAUUGUGUAUGUCGCAUCAACUAAAAGCUGAGACAAAACAAUCUCAACUCAACUAUCUCAACAAUCACAACUAAAAGUUGAGAUAUAACAAUCACUCGAAAUGAGUGAUAGUUUCUGUCACAUCAUAGAAACAAUCCAUGUAUUGUUUCUGCUAAAAAAACAAAAAAAACGAUGCAUUGUAAACAAUACAUGCAUAAUGACAAUCUCAACAAAACAAUCGCAACUUCCAAACGACCUGUUAAUGUAUGUAUACGACUAUACGACUAUAUUAAUAUAAUUUAGGUUGACUCGUGUGGAGAUGACAUGGUACCGCAGUUGACGUGUCAUCGCCAUGUGGCAGUGUUUGAUGGUCAACUACAAUACUUAUAUUGGACUAGUUCGGAGUGACAGUGGAGCUAAGGUUGGAGGCAGGUAAGCUGGGGGUUAGGGUAUUUUGCAGGGCUUAGAAAACUCUACCGUAUCGGUCGGACGGACCGGAAAAAACGAUAGGAGAUUUUAGUACAAAAUAUUCUAUCGUUCAUUUUUUUCCGGUAAAAUCUCCGAUACGAUUUUCUGAACCUUGAUAAUUUUGUCUUAAACGCGUGUGGUAGGUCACGCGACCCUUCUAGUUAGGUGAGAUGGAUGGAGAUGGAGUGGAACAAAGCAAAGUAGGACGAGAUGGCAAGUGGUCGCAUUUUUGUUAUGCGCUGCGCUUUCAAAGUAGAUCAGACAUUACAGGUCGGGUCGAAAUUUGGCAUCCAUACAUAGUCAUACCAUUGUAUUAACUAUUAAUUUAGUUUUGGAACCUUGGUGGAUUCUCAAUAAGGUUGAGGGACUCAUAUGACCAAUACGAAGAAGUUUAGGGGCUAGUUGAAGAUUUUGCAUAAUUAAGGAAUUUAAGAAAGAGAAUAAAUUCGUAUGAAAAUUUUAUUAAUUUAUUUUUCGGUUCCAAAAUUCCAAUCGUUGAGUGGGAGAUAACGUUAUUCCUUCCCCUCGAUUCUUUUUUUCUGUCGUGGAGAAGAAAAAGAGAACCCAAAGAAAAAGGAAAGAGCGACGAUCAUGGGAAACGCCGGAAGCAUCAACCGGCGGCAACAUCACCACCACCACCACCACCACCAUCAUUCCAAUCGCCGCCACCAUCCUCCUCCACCGCCGCCGUCUCAGGUCACCACAAGCCAAUACGUCUUCGCGGCACCGUCUCAGUAUCCGAACCCUAAUUUGCCGCCACCGCCUCCCUACUAUCCCCACCACCACCACCGCCAUCCUCCUCCUCCUCAAUCUCAUCACGGCUAUUACCCCCCGCCGCCGCCGCCACCUCAGCUCCCCGCUCCCCUGCCGGCCGCGCCGUACGUCGAGCACCAGAAGGCCGUCACGAUCAGGAACGACGUCAACGUCAAGAAGGAGACGAUUCGGAUCGAGGAGGAUGAGGAGAAUCCCGGUAGUUUCCUCGUCGCGUUCACCUUCGACGCCACCGCUCCCUGCAGCAUUACGGUGCUGUUCUUUGCGAAGGAGAGCGAGGACUGCAAUCUGGUAGCGACGAGGGACGACAAGCCGGUGACAAUGUCGUUUGAGCAAGGACUGGGGCAGAAAUUCAAGCAACCUUGUGGGACUGGAAUCGAAUUCUCAAAGUUUGAGGAGGCGCAGUUGAAGAAGGCGAGCGAUGAAGGGGUCUACCCUUUGGUGCUGAAGGCUGAGGCGUGCCUGUCGCUGCCGGCCACCACCGAGGGGUCAGAAGGUAGUGACAAGAAUGGCAAUUCACAGAUCACAUUGGCCAUCUUCGAUUGGAAGGAGAAAGGCGAUGGUUACCGCGUGAGAGUAAUGAAGCAGAUUCUGUGGGUGAGCAAUACUAGAUACGAGUUGCAGGAGAUUUAUGGGAUUGGGAAUUCGGUGGAAGUUGAGUCCGAUGGCGACGAGAGUGGGAAAGAAUGUGUUAUCUGCUUGACGGAACCUCGUGACACCACCGUUCUGCCUUGCCGCCACAUGUGCAUGUGCAGUGGAUGCGCGAAGCUUUUGCAGUUCCAGACGACAAAGUGCCCAAUAUGCAGGCAACCGGUGGAGCGGUUCCUGGAGAUCAAAGUGAAUGAUGUCGUGCCAGAGAGUCGAGGAACCAGGAAAUGCUAGUUUAUGACCCCGUUACCCUUCCGACAAGCAAACAAUCCAGUGGAAUUGUAGUUGUAAAGCUACGAAGAUCUCUAUCUUCUUUUGCUGUGUGAUUUGAGGAACACGUUCUGUUUUCUCGAUGAUUCUCCACAAGGCGAUUUACGUGGGGUGUGUAUAUAAAGAAGGAAAAAGGUACUUUCAUACCCUUUUUUUCACUGUGCUGUAAAUGCAAAUCUCGAGCAUGAAUUGUGUGGAUACAUACAUGUAUUAUGCUGGCUGGGUUCUUCUCUCCUUAACCCUAUCAAUGAAGUUUCUCUUGUGAUUUAAACUGUAUUCCUCUUACCUUACGCUUCUCAAGAAAUUUGCAUUCCAAUUAUCAAAAGCAUGGAUCCAACGGCGUGUCGUCGUCGGAGUUUAUGCCAAGCUCUGUUGAUGUGAACUUGGAUUAUGGUAAUAAAGACGGAAGAGAUAA